CGGCUGCGCAGUUGCGGCCUGCUGGUGGGGCUCGGCGGAGCGCGGUUCUGCGCCUGCGCUGUGCUUGGGGGGGUGGGAAUGAAACCCAGGCUGUAAGGGCGUUGUGGCCGACUAGCCCUGGGCGCGCUUGCGCCUUGGCAUGCGGGGCGGCCGGAGGCGGGGCCCAAAGAGGGGAGGGAGGGAGGCUGGGGGUGGGAACAGGCCGCAGAAGCCCGAGCCCUGACCCACCGGCGGCUGCGGCGGCGCCGCGCCGGCGCCCCCCAUGCGCCAGACGGCAGGACGGCGGCGUCGGGGGGCGCCAUGGCCUCGGCGGCGGCGGGCGAAGCGGAGGAAACCACCCGGUUGCGCAAGCCGCGCUUCUCGUUUGAAGAGAACCAGAUUCUGAUCCGUGAGGUGCGCGCCCACUACCCGCAGCUCUACGGCGCGCAGAGCCGUCGGGUGAGCGUGGCCGAGCGGCGGCGCGUGUGGGACGGCAUCGCCGCCAAGAUCAACGGUAUCACCAGCUGGAAGCGCACGGGCCAGGAGGUGCAGAAGCGCUGGAACGACUUCAAGCGCCGCACCAAGGAGAAGCUCGCUCGCGUGCCGCACUCCACGCAGGGCGCCGGGCCCGCCGCGGAGGACGCCUUCUCCGCGGAAGAGGAGACAAUUUUUGCCAUCCUGGGGCCAGGUGUGGCGGGGCCAGGGGCAGGUGCUGGGGCGGAGGAGCCCCCUGCAGCCCCCUCUUCACAGCCGCCGCCCCCGCCAAGCGCCUGCCCCCAGCGCUACGUGUUGUCGGAAGACCGCCGGGAGGACCGACGUGCAGAUACAUCAGCCCACAGCAAGGGGGGCUCCAGCAGCCCGGAGCCAUGGGCCCGGCCCUCCUGCACUCCCCAGGAAGGGGGCUGCCCACGGCCCAAGGAGCGUGAGUCCCCACCCCCUUCCGCCCUGCAGCCGGUCCAGCUGCCUCGCCUGGCCUUGUCUCCACCACCCCCAGCCCCUCCACUGCCACCCCCACCGCCACUGGCCCAAGUGGCACCCUCGCCCCCUAGCCCCCCACCCCCUCCUCGGCCUCCGCCCACGCUCUCGGCCUCAGACCCCUCCCUGGACUUCCUGCGGGCCCAGCAGGAGACUGCCAACGCCAUCCGGGAGCUGGCCGGCACCCUUCGACAGGGACUGGCCAAACUGAGCGAGGCCCUGAGCGCUCUGCUGCCCCUUCUGCCAGGAACCUCAGUCGACUCCCUGCCCCCACCUCUGCCCCCACCCCCACCCCCACCCCCACCCCCCAGGCCCGUCCUGCCCCCACCAGCCCCCAAGGUGGAGAUCACCCCAGAGCCCGUGUCUGUGGUGGCUGCUGUGGUGGACGGGGCAGUGGUGGCAGCCAGGGGAGUGAUCAUUGCCCCAAGGAGCGAGGAGGGGGCGCCCCGGCCACCCCCAGCCCCACUCCCUCCACACGACUCCCCGCCACACAAGCGGAGAAAAGGUUUCCCUACACGCAAAAGGCGCGGCCGAUGGAAAUCUCCGUGAAAUCUACUAUCUAUGCUCCUGCCUGCACCCCCUCUCCCCAGCUUGGCGCAGUCGAGGGGGGCGAUGCUCUCUGCCCAUCCCAGCUGCACCCUAGCUCCCUGCUCCAGGGAUGUGAGCACCCACUCCCUGUGCUAGUUAGUGCCUGAUUCUCUGGGGGGGCCUCAGUAAUGGGCCCCCCAACCCCUUUCUCUGGUACAGUGCUGUCUGCCUGGCUGCCUCCCUUAACCCUGACUUCUAAGCCAUCAAUUUCAUGUUAUUUAUUAUUGCCCUAUGUGGGGUGGGGAGGGAACCUCUCGGGUCUGCACAUCUCCCCUUCCCUAACAGUUCCUGUUCUUGACUUGAAGAGAAUUGACCCGUGGGGGACUCCCCACCUGCCCAACCCAGACUUUGGAGCGGGUGGGAGUUGUGAGACAAAUCAAAAUAUGGAUGACAAAGAGGAUAUAGCCGUGUAUACCCCAGGGAGAGGAGGCAUUGAGUUCUGAUGGGAGAGGUAUAGGUUGGGUUCUCUGCCUACCAUUGCUGUCUCUGACUUCCGGAGCUCAACCCCCUCCUUUCUCCCAGUGGUGACAAGAUAUCAAUAAACUUAUUUUUAAUACAAUUA